CAAAACCUGCUGAAAGUGGGAUAAUGAGGAACAUGGUCUUCACACAACUGCCAUGACAAGUUUCAAUCUCACUCACGUCACCCCUUCCACCUUCAUUCUGAAUGGGAUCCCUGGCAGGGAAGCAGAUCAUAUUUGGAUUUCAAUCCCAUUCUUCUCCAUGUACCUCAUUGCCAUGGUGGGAAACUGUAGUCUCCUCUACCUCAUCUGGAUUGAAGAAGCCUUGCACAGGCCCAUGUACUACUUCCUCACCAUGCUGUCCCUCACUGACAUUGCAAUGGGCACAUCUGCAAUGCCCAAGGUGAUGUGCAUCUUCUGGUUCCAACUGAAAGAGAUUGACUUUGAUGCCUGCCUGGUCCAGAUGUUCUUCAUUCACACAUUCACAGGGAUGGAGUCUGGUGUGCUCAUGCUCAUGGCCUUGGACCGCUACGUUGCCAUCUGCUACCCGCUGAGGUAUGGCACCAUCUUGACCAACCCAGUCAUCACUGCCAUGGGGCUGAUCACUUUCCUGAGGGGGGUCAUCCUCAUCAUGCCCUUCCCAUACUUGGCCAAGAGGCUGCCGUACUGCCACACCAAUGUCAUCCCUCACACCUACUGUGACCACAUGUCUGUGGUGAAGCUGGCCUGUGCCAGUAUCAGGGUUGAUGCCAUCUAUGGCCUCAUAGUUGCUAUGUUAAUUGGGGGCUUUGACAUCCUCUGCAUCUCAAUCUCCUACAUUAUGAUCUUCAGGGCUGUAGUUAGCCUGUCUUCCAAAGAAGCUCGUAGGAAGGCCUUUAGCACCUGCACAGCCCAUAUUUCUACUAUUACCAUCUCCUACACACCAGCUUUCUUCACUUUCUUCACACACCGUUUUGGGGGUCACAUUAUCGCACCACAUAUUCACAUCAUCAUGGCCAACCUUUACUUGCUCUUGCCCCCGAUGCUCAACCCCAUUGUAUAUGGGGUGAAGACAAAGCAGAUCCAAGAGAGUGUCAUUAAGCUAUUUAAGGGAGGAAAGGUUGGAGAAAAGUGAUGGGUAUUACACAAAAAUCAGGCUAAUGGUGGGGACAAAAUGGCUCGUCCUUCACGUUCUGAUAUGAACACCAAAGGUACGAGUACCAGAAUGCAAAAAUGGUGGGGAAGGGAGGGUGUCUAUUGAAAUUAAUAGGUGGCAGGUUUAGCAGAAAAAAGCAGUGGUCUUUUUUCUACCCAACAUAUAUUCCACAUACAUUGUGGAAUUCAUCACCCCAGGAUUUUGAAGAGGCAGAGUAUGGCCAGGUGCAAAAUGGUUCUGUAAAUGGCACCCACCUACCAUCUUCCCAAGCCCCAACAAGGCUCUUUCAUGUUGAAGUUGUUUAAUAAGACUUCAUACCCAGGCAGGGGUUUGUUGGUUGCAGGUGGGGAGAUGCUUGUUGUGUUGGAUGCUCAGUCUGUAUAUAGCUCUGUCAGAGAUCCACCUCAUAACUGCUGAGUAAACCCACUAGAUAAUCAAAUAUAUUUUAAUGCAGACAUGUAAUAUCUCCUGUAAAUACGGCCCUUUAUGUGUCAGACAACAGAUAAUGUCUGUUCCAGUUCCUUGCAGUCCCAAAAUUUGUAGGGUUGGAAAGGACAUCUAACCUGGACUGAUGCAGCGUUCACAUUUGUUAUCUAUACCAAAAAGAUGCUUCUCCAGACUCUUGAAAACUGUGAAGAAGAGAAAUAUACAAACUCCCACCAUGCUUUGCUCUGUUUUCCUACUGUUAAGAAUAUUUUUAUGCAAUUUUUUUCUAUAUCCACUUUAUUUCAUUCUACUCCUGCUUCUCUGACGUGGAACUCAUGGCCGACUGCCCUCUACCCUCCUCUCUGAACCAAAAACAAUAUUGCUUGUCAUCCUUCUAGCUACGUAUGCCUUCCUUUCCUUUUUUCUAAUGGACCAGAUUCAACAGAAAGGAUGGAGAGUGUUCUUGGCAAUACCUCACCAAUGACCUGGGAUUUAGGGUUCUGCUGGGAAGGGGAAGUUAUAAAUUCAAACUACACUAAAUAAGAGAGGCCCCUAAUCCUGGACUAGUGCCCCAUGAAGUAGGCUAUUUUAUUCUCUUAAAUAUGGGAAAUUCUUCCUCUGGUAACAAAUACACACUAAUUGUGCUUCCUCUGGAAGUAAAAUUUCAGGGGACAAGUCUACAUGACACUCUUAAUGCCCAUUGGACUAAUUCUCCUGCACAUCGGCAUGGCUGGCAAAAACCAUGCUAAUGCACAGUAGAUUAGUUCAAUGGGCAUUAAGCAUCACCUAAAAAGUGUUCAUCUGCGCUAAUGCUCAGUAGCACCAAUUACAACAUAUUAAGUUAGUACUUGUUUUUACAGGUACUAAACUUAAUACACCAUAAUUACCACACAUGAAUGAACAUGUAGAUGCACCCAGAGACUUGCAUGCAGUUUCCUUGUCUUCCCGAGUGGAUCACAACAAAAUGCAAGAGGCAACAGGGGAUUCUUUAGGUGGGGGAAUAAGAUCUAAUGUGUGCAAGGGGUACAAAAUGCACUUACAUAGAAAGCUUUUUAGCCGUGUCAGUGUUAUAUUCCCAUCCUAAGGGGAUUUGAAGAUAGCUCUUUAUGCUUUGCUGUAUUUUUCUCCCCAUAGAUAGCAGAGAAGUUUAAAUCCCGCAUUAUUACACGUUCUCCUUACCAGCAUGAAGAAUGCCCUGUCUACUUCUCCUUCCUGAUUUAGUUGUCUGUAACACAGCCCAUCCAUAAUAUCACUAUUCUUCUUUCCCCACUUUAUCUUUACCCAUAUUCCCUCAACAAUUCAACUACUCUUUUGCUUUUGGAUGUCAGAGCAGAUAGUGAAAGUCUCCCUCCUUUUUUUGCCACCUAUCAUAUGGGAACAAGCUAUAUCCCUCAUUAUGAAUGUUUUAAUCAUGGGAAAUAUUUCUCCAUGUUUAUCUAAUACCAAUUAAGCCAUAAUUUCCAUUACAGUUCAUCCUGCUGCUUCCCCAGUCUUGCAUUUCUACCCCUCAAACCAGAAUUUAAUUAAGUUGACCUGUGCUGACAGAAAGGUGAAUCUUCUUGCCUAUGGUUUGAUUGUUAUCAUGUCUGCCACUGGACUGGACUUACUUCUGAUCUGCUUCUUUUAUAUCUUCAUUCUUUGCACUUCUUGAGUUAGAUCUAGGAGGCACAGAUCAAGGUUGUGGGCACCUGCACCUCCCAAAUCUGUGCCAUCUUCCUGUUCUGUGAGCUAUUUGUUGGCUUGCUGAUGGUGCACAAGUUUGGGAAGACGCAUGGCUCUGUGAUCCAUAUUGCAAUGGCCAAUAUCCACUUGCUGGUUUCACCAGUGCUCAGCUCAGUAGUGUAGGGGGUGAAAAGAAAGCAGAUCUGUCAAAGGAUGAUGAGGCUAUUCCACAAGUAUGCAAAGAGAUGGUUCCUUCCACCUUACCAGGUGCACAGUCACGCUAAAAAAAAACAAUGAUAAAUGUAUAUGCAUUGGACCCAGAAAGUGACUUGACAAGUGGGGCAGUUCCACGCACAUCUUACCCCUGAAAUAAACCUGAGGCAGCUCAUACUUACAAAAUCCAGUGCCUUGAGGCUUCCUUUCUUCCACCAGCCAUAGCCAUGACCACAGCAACACCAGCAGGGUAAAAUGAGGUGAGUCUGUGGGAGCAUCGCUCUCUUUUUUGUACCACAUCAGUUCUGAAAGAGCUACCUGGACAGACCCGGGGCCCAACAACCUUACUCCAUAUCAGCAUGUUGAACAAGUGAAAUGUGGUAACUUCACUCCAGUCACUGGCAAUGCUGUAGUGUGUCAUCUCAGGGGUAAUUGUGAUAUAUUUGUAUUAGCGGGCUCUCUCCCUCCCAGGCUCUUAAUGGCAGACAAUGCCAAUAAAGCCUAAAUAUAACAUGAUUGUCCAUGUGCUUGAAGUACUCUGCUACUUCUGUCAACCUGGGUGUGACUACACAAGAUGCCUACUGCGCAUUAGCCUAAUAAAACUGUGCAGUUGAGUGUAAUGGCAAAAACCACGCUAAUAGCCUACUGCACCGAGUUAUUAAGCUAAUGUGCAGUAAGACUAAUUAAAUAACCAUGUGAUGGCAUUUCUGUGCAGUAACUUCAGGUGCUGUGCAUUUAAUUAGUUCUUUAUUAAGGAAGACCUAAAUUUAAUGCCCAGUAUCUAAGGCACAUUAAUGUGUAGAUACGCCCCCUGAAUAGUAAUCAUUCAUUCAAGUAUCUUAUGGCCGGGUGCAUUUUUUUUUCCUCAGAGCGAAGUGAGGGAAACCUUUUAGGCCCUGCAGGACAUUUUCAGCAAUCCCUCAGUUUUAAAGGGAUUUCAGCUCCUUAAAGGGAUUAUCUGCAAACUGUGUUAGAUAUGUCGACUGGGGCUGAUCAGAUGGUACUGACUUAACUUUGUUUAGACUUGUUAAAUCACAAUGACAAAAGCCACAAAAGCUUUUUCUUAGUAUUUACUUUUCAGUUAAGCUGUUACUAUCACAUCUGCGGGGAUGCAAUGCAGACACAGAUGUAAAAGGAUGUUUCUGUAAAACAGUUCCUGUAUUAAUGGGGUCUGGGCUAUGAAAAGGCCUGUAAUGCUGGGCUGCUACAGGAAGCUGAAGUGGUAAUACGUUCCGGCACUAGCGUGUCCUAAGACUGAACUCACUGUAACAUUUCCAUUAUUACUGGUGAUGCCUUUACUUAAGAUUGCUUGACACUAACCUACAUGGGAUUGCAUUUCCAGUGGGCUUUACCUUUGCUAAUCUUAAACCAUUUGGCUGUUUUCUAUGGAAAGUUUCAGCUAAAAUAUAGGAACAAAAUACAUUGUUGUGCUCAUGUGUGUAAUUAUAGUAAAACAGGACUGGGAGGAACGUUGGGGUUACCUAUCAUUCAUUUUUUCUUCUUUUAAAAGCCCCAGUGCCCCAUUCUUUGGAAAAAAAAUAACUUGGAUUUUGGAAAGGGGAUGACUGAUGGGCAAGUUACAAGCCAGGGAAAUCUUAGUUUGUUCAUGUUCAGUGGACACAUGUAAAAAAGUCUGUCCUCAGUGGACACAUUCCUACCUCCCCACAUUGCCCCUACCUGUGACUGGACUGAAUAGGAGCUAUCUGCCCCAAGAAGCAGAUCAUGAUUCACCCCAAGCAAGCAAAAGCUGGACAACAUGUCCCCUGUAAUUGCACCUUACUCAGGCCACUGUGACCUUGGAUGUUGUACCUGAGAACAAAGAGCCUGGUCUUCCCAUGGGAGAGAUCAGGUAAUCCUCAUGCAGCACUUGGGCUUUCCCCAAAAGCCUGGAAGGAGUUUGUCCUCUCCUCUGAAAACAUGCAAACCAUUGUGUGGAGGCUGGGUCACAGACCCUGAUGUGGACUCUGGUCUCUUGGUUAAUGAAAGGCAAGCAGUGAUCUGAGUGUGCUGGAAACUUAGACCGCUAAGGAAGCUACAGUGAAGAGCCUCUUUACAAAACUGCUCGCUGAGGCUGGAAAUGUCCCAACAGAUCUCUCUCUCUUCUCUAGGGUUUGGGAAAGGUCAGUGAUAUAGGGGCAUCCCUCUACCCCCAUCAGCUUCUGGAGUACUCAGCUUUCUUCAGCCCUUUGAAAGCAGGUUGUAGACCUACAUUAAGUACAAAAUCUAUUGGCUCUCCCUUAAAUCACAAGGGCUGUAGCAGAAGGCUUUUCUGAAAAGUCUUCAAUGAAAGCUCUGGGGUCAACUUGGAGAGCGGCAAAGCAGCCUUCAUAAUAGCCUUUGAAGAGGACUCGAAGCUGGGCUGAGACCCAAGGAAGGGGUAGAAACGCCCUGAAACUCAAGGUGCUGAGAAUGUCAUCCAUAUAUUGCCCACGUCCAAGAUAGCAACCUUCUACUGCUCCCUUCUCUGGUGCUUUUUCGAGUAUUACA